AUGACCAUCCAAUACCUGAAGGGCAAAGACUCCAGUCUUUUCCAACCCCUGACUAUCUCCAAUGGCAACAUUACCCUCGAGCAUCGUGUCGUUCAUGCGCCAUUGACCCGCAACCGUGGAGAGCCAUUGCAAUCUACCAGCACCCCGGAUCAUCCCAAUCGUAUUUGGGUACCUGGAGAUGUGGUUGUGGAGUACUAUUCUCAACGUGCUACGAAGGGUGGCUUGAUUAUUUCCGAGGGAAUUCCACCAUCGCUCGAGAGCAACGGUAUGCCCGGAGUACCCGGCUUGUUUAUCCCCGAACAAGCACAGGGCUGGAAACGCGUGGUUGAUGCCGUGCAUGCAAAGGGCGGCAUUAUCUUUUGUCAACUAUGGCAUGCUGGCCGUGCUACAAUCCCCCAAAUGACGGGAUCGCCUGCUGUCUGCCCAUCAGCCAGUGCGUGGGAUUCUCCAGCGGAAUGUUACUCUCACCCCCCCGUUGGCUCCACCGAGCCCGUUCCCUACGCCAAUCACCCGCCGAUCGAAUUGACAGUGGACCACAUCAAACAGACUAUCGCUGAUUAUUGCACUGCCGCUAAGACGGCCAUGGAAAUUGGUUUCGAUGGUGUCGAGAUUCAUGGUGGCAAUGGUUAUCUGCCAGAGCAGUUCCUCAGCUCGAACAUUAACAAGCGUCAGGAUGCUUACGGUGGUACCCCAGAGAAGCGCUGCCAAUUCGUCUUUGAAUUGAUGUCCGAGGUGGCCAAGACUAUUGGCGAGGAAAACUUGUCGAUCAGAUUGUCGCCAUUCGGUCUGUUCAAUCAAGCUCGCGGAGAACAGCGUAUUGAAACUUGGACUCACCUGUGCGAGGGUCUGAAGAAGACCCUCCCGUCGCUGUCGUAUGUCAGCUUUAUUGAGCCGCGCUAUGAACAAAUCUUUGGCUAUGAAGAGAAGGACAAGUACCUUAAGAGCUGGGGUCUGCUGGACGUGACCCUUGAUCGCUUCCGUCAGAUCUUUGGGUCAACUCCAUUUUUCUCCGCUGGCGGCUGGGAUGAUCAAAACUCCUGGGGAGUUGUUGAAUCCGGUAAAUAUGAUGCUCUCCUGUAUGGUCGUUACUUUACUAGUAACCCGGAUCUGGUGCACCGAUUGAAGGAAAGGCUUCCUUUGGCCCCUUAUGACCGUACCCGGUUCUAUGGGCCGUUUGAGGACAAUGCUUUCCACUACACGGACUACCCUACCGUUGAUCAGAACUAA